AUGAGCAGCUCCGGAAAACGCCCAAUUGAUGGCUAUGUCGACCCAAACUUUCCCAACCCUGACGGUAGAUGGGAUACGCCCGUAAUUAUUUACGGUUACACGCCCGCAUUCUCUCUCGCCGUCUUUGCUGCAGCCUGGUUCGCCCUCUUCCUCGUCAUCCACCUGGUACAGACAAUCCGCUUUCGCAGCUGGUACUUUAUCACAUUCCCAAUUGGUCUUCUCUUUGAGAUCGUGGGCUAUGUUGCUCGUUCACUCUCAGCCAAGAAGGAUCCGUACCAUCUGCUGUACUUUAUCCUCAACUAUUUCUUCAUCGUUACAGCGCCUGUGUUCCUUGCCGCUGGCGUUUACACUAUCCUCUCCGCACUUAUCCCUCGACUCGGAAGACGAUAUUCAUUCUUGCCACCAAAGUUUAUUCUUUGGUUCUUCAUCACUUCUGAUGUUAUUGCUACUGUUGUGCAGAUCACCGGUGCUGCUCUGAUUGGUGUAAGACAGUCGAACCGCGAUGAUCCAACGGACGCCAAUAACAUUCUCCUUGGAGGUUUGGCAUACCAGGUUUUUUCCCUCGGUGUGUUCGUUAUCCUCACGGCUUCAUUCCUUUUCCGUGCUCGAAGGGAGGUUACUUCACGCGGCAAGAAGCUCAGUUUGUUCUGUGUUGCUUUCGGAGUGGCUACCAUUAUGAUUUAUCUUCGAACCUGCUUCCGUCUGGCAGAGACAGCUGAAGGCCUUGGGGGACAUUUGUAUUCGAACGAGAUCUUCUUUGCUUGUCUGGAGUUUGCUCCUGUGGCAUUGGCUGUCUUGCUCUUUGCUAUCUGGCAUCCCGGAAGAUGUGUCGGCAAGAAGGUCAGGGUGCAGGAUUUGGAAAAGGAACAGGCCCGAGUUCAGGAUUUUUAA